AUGACCUCACGUUUCCGAUUGCCUGCUGGCAGAACCUACAAUGUACGAGCAUCAGAGUUGGCCCGAGACAGACAGCAUACGGAGGUGGUUUGCAACAUCCUUCUUCUGGAUAACACUGUACAAGCUUUCAAAGUUAAUAAACAUGAUCAGGGGCAAGUUUUGUUGGAUAUAGUCUUCAAGCAUCUUGAUUUGACUGAGCGCGAUUAUUUUGGUUUACAGUUGGCUGACGAUUCCACAGACAACCCAAGGUGGCUGGAUCCAAACAAACCUAUAAGGAAGCAGCUAAAGAGAGGAUCUCCUUACAGUUUGAACUUUAGAGUCAAAUUUUUUGUAAGUGACCCCAACAAGUUACAAGAAGAAUACACAAGGUACCAGUAUUUUUUGCAAAUUAAACAAGACAUUCUUACUGGAAGAUUGCCCUGUCCUUAUAAUACUGCUGCCCUUUUGGCUUCAUUUGCUGUUCAGUCUGAACUUGGAGACUACAGUCAGUCAGAGAACUUGCCAGGCUACCUCUCAGAUUAUUCUUUCAUUCCUAAUCAACCUCAAGAUUUUGAAAAAGAAAUUGCAAAAUUACAUCAGCAACAUACAGGCUUAUCUCCUGCAGAAGCAGAAUUUAAUUAUCUGAACACAGCACGUACCUUAGAACUCUAUGGAGUUGAAUUCCACUAUGCAAGGGAUCAAAGUAACAAUGAAAUUAUGAUUGGAGUGAUGUCAGGAGGAAUUCUGAUUUAUAAGAACAGGGUACGAAUGAAUACCUUUCCAUGGUUGAAGAUUGUAAAAAUUUCUUUUAAGUGCAAACAGUUUUUUAUUCAACUUAGAAAAGAAUUGCACGAAUCUAGAGAAACGUUACUGGGAUUUAAUAUGGUGAAUUACAGAGCAUGCAAAAAUUUGUGGAAAGCAUGUGUAGAACAUCACACAUUCUUCCGUUUGGACAGACCGCUUCCACCUCAAAAGAACUUUUUUGCACAUUAUUUUACAUUAGGUUCAAAAUUCCGGUACUGUGGGAGAACUGAAGUCCAGUCAGUUCAGUAUGGCAAAGAAAAAGCAAAUAAAGACAGGGUAUUUGCAAGAUCCCCAAGUAAGCCCUUGGCACGGAAAUUAAUGGAUUGGGAAGUAGUAAGCAGAAACUCAAUAUCUGAUGACAGGUUAGAAACACAAAGCCUUCCAUCGCGAUCUCCACCUGGAACUCCUAAUCAUCGAAAUUCUGCAUUCACACAAGAGGGAACCCGGUUACGACCGUCUUCAGUUGGUCAUUUGGUAGACCAUGUGGUUCACACUUCCCCAAGCGAAGUAUUUGUGAAUCACAGAUCUCCAUCUUCAACACAAGCUAACAGCAUUGUUCUGGAAUCAUCACCAUCACAGGAGACCCCUGGAGAUGGGCAGCCUCCAGCUUUACCACCCAAACAAUCAAAGAAAAACAGUUGGAACCAAAUUCAUUGUUCACAUUCUCAACAAGAUCUGGAAAACCAUAUUAAUGAAACAUUUGAUGUUCCAUCUUCCCCUGAAAAAUCUACUCCUAAUGGUGGUAUCCCACAAGAUAAUCUUGUUCUAAUCAGAAUGAAACCUGAUGAAAAUGGAAGGUUUGGAUUCAAUGUGAAGGGAGGGUAUGAUCAGAAGAUGCCUGUGAUCGUGUCCCGAGUAGCACCAGGAACACCUGCUGACCUCUGUGUCCCUCGAUUGAAUGAAGGGGACCAAGUUGUACUGAUCAAUGGUCGGGACAUUGCAGAACAUACCCAUGAUCAAGUUGUCCUAUUUAUUAAAGCUAGCUGCGAGAGACAUUCUGGGGAACUCGUACUUCUGGUUCGACCUAAUGCUGUAUAUGAUGUAGUGGAAGAAAAGCUAGAAAAUGAACCAGACUUCCAGUACAUUCCUGAGAAAGCCCCACUAGAUAGCGUCCAUCAGGAUGACCAUUCCCUGCGGGAGUCAAUGAUCCAGCUAGCUGAGGGGCUUAUCACUGGAACAGUCCUGACACAAUUUGAUCAACUAUAUCGGAAAAAACCUGGAAUGACAAUGUCUUGUGCCAAAUUACCUCAGAAUAUUUCCAAAAAUAGAUACAGAGAUAUUUCGCCUUAUGAUGCUACACGGGUCAUUUUAAAGGGUAAUGAAGACUAUAUCAAUGCAAAUUAUAUAAACAUGGAAAUCCCUUCUUCUAGCAUUAUAAAUCAGUAUAUUGCUUGUCAAGGGCCAUUACCACACACUUGUACAGAUUUUUGGCAGAUGACUUGGGAACAAGGCUCCUCCAUGGUUGUAAUGUUGACCACACAAGUUGAACGUGGCAGAGUUAAGUGUCACCAGUAUUGGCCAGAACCCACAGCAAGUUCAUCCUAUGGAUGCUACCAAGUCACCUGCCACUCAGAAGAAGGAAACACAGCAUAUAUCUUCAGGAAGAUGACACUAUUUAACCAAGAGAAAAAUGAGAGUCGUCAACUCACUCAGAUCCAAUACAUAGCCUGGCCUGACCAUGGAGUCCCCGAUGAUUCCAGUGACUUUCUGGAUUUUGUUUGUCAUGUACGAAAUAAGAGGGCUGGCAAGGAAGAACCUAUUGUUGUUCACUGCAGUGCUGGAAUUGGAAGGACUGGGGUUCUUAUUACUAUGGAAACAGCCAUGUGUCUCAUUGAAUGCAAUCAACCAGUUUAUCCACUAGACAUUGUAAGAACAAUGAGAGAUCAACGAGCCAUGAUGAUCCAAACACCUAGUCAAUACAGAUUUGUAUGUGAAGCUAUUUUGAAAGUUUAUGAAGAAGGAUUUGUUAAACCCUUAACGACGUCAUCAAAUAAAUAA